CGUUACGAGACAGUGACGAAAGUGUGCCGAGUGUCUCCGAGUAAAGCCACGCCUACCGACUUGACUUUCGCCACUAAGUUCGUGGCUGUCUACUUGUUCAUAAAAGUAAAGGGAUCCCGACCGAUGACGUAUCAGUACUUAACAGUGGAUAUGGUCGAAACAGCAAAGAGCAAUGGAGGCUUUAUCGACCAGAAGAAAUUCAAGACGGCCGCACGAUAUGGAUUUGAUAGUCUCUACUUAUCUGAUACUAGUCUUCAAGUUCUUGAUGCCUACAUCAUCCAGGUGCGUCCACUUUUAAAGCCGACUUGUGACUAUGUCCUCGUGACGAAAAAUGGCGGRCAACACAGUAAGAUUGGCGAACUCAUGGGCAAGAUGGUAUUUGAUGCCACGGGCAAAUAUAUUCACCCGACGCGCUACCGACAAAUUGUCGAAACUGCUAGUCAGGAACGGUUGAACAGCCAAGAACAGGAAACGAUUUCCGAAGAUCAAAAGCACAGCUCGGUAGUGGCUAAAGUUCAUUAUCAAAAGAGACGAUCACGCGAAGUGGCGACGAAGGCUCACGAGUGUAUGAAAAAGUUGCAUGGAAAAAGGGGAUCGCAGCUAGACGAUGAGGUCAACGUCCGACUCUCGGACAGCCCAAAUACAUCUCCAAAUGACAAGGAUGAAUGUGAGAGCACGUCCUCAUCUUUCCCAGCUCCCAAAACGAGAAGCAUUGCCGACGAUUCCGCAAAGUCCAGCCAGGGCAGAAAAAGGAAAAUGCUACUCUUUAGUUUAGAGGAAGACAACUGUUUGAAAUUAGGAAUCGCGCGCCACGGGUUUGGACAGUGGUCUUCAAUAUUGAAAGAUCCCGAUUACAACUUUCAAAAAGGAAGGACUGCAAAUUCGUUGCUCAACAGAGCUUCGCGAAAAUUUUCAACCUUAUGAUUACCAUGAGAACUCAUUCAUAAACUCGUAUAUUUGACUGAAUAAUAGAAUGARGAUGACACUCAAACUCAAG